GAUGCUCCGUCCAGCGCUGCGGUGUGGUUUGUCCCUUCUCGGCUUCUGUAGAAAAAAAAUGGCGGACUUCCGGGAAACAUGGCGGGAACUCCUCAAGUGAUUCAGAAUAACUCAUUGGAGGUAAAGAAACACAACAGAAAGAGGGUCAACGCAGCUGUCAGGGAUCAUGACAGGGAGCAGGCAGCAGCAACAUCUCUGACAGUCAGGAGGCUUCACAGUGGAGUGGGUCUAGCCCGGGCUCACUUUGAGAAGCAGCCGCCUUCAAACCUGCGGAAGUCCAACUUCUUCCACUUCGUCCUGGCUCUGUACGACCGGCAGGGCCAGCCGGUGGAGAUCGAGAGGACCAACUUUGUGGACUUCAUCGAGAAGGAGAAGGAGACGAGUGGCGAAAAGACCAAUAACGGGAUUCAUUACCGGCUGCAGCUUCUGUACAGUAACGGCAUCAGAACAGAGCAAGACUUGUACGUUCGACUCAUAGACUCCAUGACUAAACAGGCGAUUAUUUAUGAAGGACAAGACAAGAACCCCGAGAUGUGCCGGGUGCUGCUGACACACGAGAUCAUGUGCAGUCGGUGCUGUGACAAGAAGAGCUGCGGGAACCGUAAUGAGACACCUUCAGACCCCGUUAUCAUCGACAGAUUCUUCCUCAAGUUUUUCCUCAAGUGCAACCAGAACUGCUUAAAAAACGCAGGCAACCCCCGAGACAUGAGGAGGUUCCAGGUGGUCGUAUCAACUACGGUGAGCGUGGAGGGCCACGUCCUGUCCGUCUCUGACAACAUGUUCGUCCACAACAACUCCAAACAUGGCCGACGGGCCCGCAGGCUCGACCCCGUGGAAGGAACUCAGUCCUACCUAGAACAUGGAGCGGCUCCCUGCAUCAAAGCCAUCAGCCCCAGCGAGGGCUGGACCACAGGCGGCGCUACGGUCAUCAUCAUCGGAGACAACUUCUUCGACGGUCUCCAGGUGAUCUUCGGUACCAUGCUGGUGUGGAGCGAGUUGAUCACGCCACACGCCAUCCGAGUGCAGACGCCACCCAGACACAUCCCCGGGGUCGUGGAGGUCACCCUGUCCUACAAGUCCAAACAGUUCUGCAAAGGCACACCAGGAAGAUUCAUCUACACAGCACUAAACGAGCCAACCAUCGACUAUGGCUUCCAGAGGCUUCAGAAGGUCAUCCCUCGACACCCCGGGGACCCUGAGAGGCUGCCAAAGGAGGUCAUACUGAAAAGAGCAGCCGACCUGGUGGAAGCCCUCUACGGUUUGCCUCAUAAUAAUCAAGAGAUCAUCCUGAAGCGUGCGGCGGACAUCGCAGAGGCCCUCUACAGCGUUCCACGAGGACACUCCCAGCUCUCAGGCUCCACACACGGCGGCAUGAUGGGGGUCAACUCCUUCACCGGGCAGCUGUCUGUCAACGUGUCUGAACCCCCACAGGGCAAUCAGGGUUUCGUGCGCAGCAGCAGUAGCGUGUCACCUCACGGUUACGUGCCCAGCUCCACGCCUCAGCAGACCAGUUACACCUCAGUCACCAGCACCAUGAACGGCUACGCUAACAACACCGGCAUGACCAACCUUGGAGGCUCGCCCACUUUCCUCAACGGCUCCGCAGCCAACUCGCCUUAUGCCAUUGUCCCAUCCAGUCCCACGAUGGCCUCCUCCACCUCCCUCCCCUCCAACUGCUCCUCCUCCUCUGGCGUCUUCUCCUUCUCUCCGGCCAACAUGGUGUCGGCGGCCGUUAAGCAGAAGUCAGCCUUCGCUCCAGUGGUCCGGCCCUCCUCCUCCCCCCCGCCCUCCUGUACCAGCGCCAACGGCAACGGGCUCCAAGAUCAAACAUUUGUGGACUCUAGCAAGUACUCAACAGCCAGCUCUCUACAAGGCCUGGCCUUCACCUGAACAAUCCCGGGAAUGAUCAUCCCACCCAUGUAAAGGUGUGAGUGCACGGCUGUGUGUGUGUGUGUGUGAGUGUGUGUGCAUGUGUGUUUGAGAUGAAUCAAGCACAUCCACAUCGAUCCUGACGGAGGAUUUCGGUGCGAGUCAGACUCCGGUCGGGGAUGGAAGCAGCCGUCCUGAUCUGAAGGAACAAACCCAACUCAGGCCCUUUCUAACGCGAGAACAACUUGGAGACAACAGACUUUUAAAAACGACAAAAAAACAAACUGUUUGCAAGUAAAUAAGUUGUUUAGACUUUGUACACCUUGAUGCUUUUAUAGGAGAACUGCCACGCCUACAUUUUUGACUCUCCACGGACACAGGAAGUGUAUUUAUUUUGGAGAGACUCCACCUUUAAGUGAUUUGUUUUUUCUUUUCGGUUCAACAGUUACCGUGUGAUAAUCAUCUUCUGACUGUAUCUCACCCGAGCGGUUUUCUAUUUAUGAAGUUUGCUUUAAAUGAAGGAAUAUAAUGUGAAGAAUACCUGAAGAUGAUGAUGAUGAUGAUGAUGAAGAGGAGGCUGCAGGAUCCAUACAGCUGACACAGACAAGCCAAACCAGACACUUCCACUUCUCUUUGCCAAAUUCACACCACGGUCACACUUUGAGCACAAACUCUCAUCUUCCUCUGAUCGAUCCGCUGAGAGACGCCUGCAUGAUGACGCUGCAGCUUCAGCCAUGCAGGGUUUUUACUACAUCCUUCAAAUGCAUCUACACCUCCUCACAGGUGUGCCACUAUUUCUAAGUCAAGCCGAGCCAACAUGAGGAACAGAGAGGAAGAAAAAGCAGUCAGUAAGCAGAUAAGCAGGACAUUCACACCACAACUAGCUGCAGCGCUAAUUCAGUCACAGGCCAAACAUAAGAGCAACAACUCCACCACAGCGUCCACGUCUUAAAGACUGCCGCCAUCAUCUGAGAGUUCUCACUUUUCUGUCUUAAUACAUGAAUCCUUAAUUCUGUGUUUUUGUGUUUCUGUUGGUUUGCUGUGUUAUAAUUUGUACUGUGAUCAGACAGCCAAUCAGAUUGUGUUAUUCGUGUUGUUACCAGCCCUCACACACUAUGCUCAUCUGGUCUGUUUGUGACAGUGUGUCUUAAACGCAGCGCUGCGUAGAAUGACGAGUGAUUAGUCAGCGAUUUAAAAACUUAGCCCUUAAGUUAUUUUGUUACAGAGCAGCUGCCUCUUAAGUUUCACGUUCAUGUCUUCAUACAUGUUCCCCAUUUUGCACUUGUUUUAUGGAUCUCCAUGUAUUGUCUUUGCACUGCAGGACAGCUAAAGCCAGUCUUAAGAGAAAGAGGAACUGCUCCCUCAGCUCUGCAGUGUGUGUGCGUGUGUAUGAGUUUAUGUGUGUGUGUGUGUGUGGUUCAACAGUCUUAACUCGUUUUGUUCUGGUUUUAAUUUUGCCAAAUCCUCAGUCUGAGACGCCGAAACAGUCUUACGGCCAAAUUCCACCAGAUCCAAGUCUAGUCCGCCUCCGAUCCAUCACAGCACCAGAUCUGAUAGGUUUCUAUUCUAGUCAAUGUGUUAACUUCCACUGGAUCCACUCCGUUGCAUUCCAGCUGCGUCUCUGAUCCGGCAGGUUGGAGUCCUCCGGAUCAGAUACACAAGACUUCUAUUUUCUCUGGAUGCCGGAGCACGACGCAUCAAUCUCAACAGAGCAGAUGGAGCGGGACAGGAAGUCAGGUUUCACCAAAACAAAAUGACAACAUCCGGUUAAUUUUCAGAAUAAAACACUCUGUGUUAUCACCAGAUCGUAUUUCACUUAACUACAACAACAAACCGUCAUGAUGAGCGGAGCCAGGCCUGGAGUCAACAGGUCAGAGGUUUUCAGAGGACCAGAAAGACAACAUGGAUGAGGAGAGGAGGAGGAGGAGAAUCCUUCAUUCAGUAGUUACUGCAGGAAAACCUCGGUCACAUGACUCCAGCUGUCCGGCGGUCCUGCUCCAUCUGAAAAUGCAACCGGUGGGUGUUGAUGGACGAGAGCACGGAGACAGACCGGAUAUGGAUCUGGUGGAAGUCUGAUGUUAUGCCACAAUUUCUCUGCUACUUGUCUUUUCUUACAGAUUAGAAAAAUUAGAGGGAGAAUAUGUUGAUAGGAUCAGGAUGAAAUAUGUGGGAGUGACUUUUGAGUCUCACAACCUUAAACUUAAAUCAGGAAGCAUUAAAAGUCCUGUCUGAGGGGAUCUGGACCUCAUACGCUUGGAUGUUAGUUGAUGUUGGGUGAAGAAAAGAUAUCCUUAAGUCUGAAUUUGUGCCUCUAUUUUGAUGUCUCAGAUCCCGAGCGUGUCAGACAGCCUCUGUUUGUUUUUCUAUCAUCUCACCUUCUCAUCCAAAGCUCUGAUUCCUCUGCUAAUUUCAAACUAAAACAAACCAUUGUUUAUUUUUCUUUCCUCAUUUGAAAAAGUUAAAAGCAGCAGGAAAAUAAUUUGGAUGAUUGAAUCAUGAAUGUUCAAGUCCUCUUAAUAUUUCUGCAUUGUGUAGGUGUGUUCAUGAAUCUGCUUCAGUCCAUGAUUGGUCUUCUCUUUACUCAUCCUUCUUCAGCCACUUCUCCUCCAGUCAGUGUUUCUGUCCUCCCUCUCUCCUCUUUAGUUUUGUGCUGUUAAUCUUUGUACCUUCGCCUCCUUUCCUCCUUCUUCCCUUUAAAAAAAAUGAGCCACCUAUUUAUUUGAUUUCAAAAAUGGGUCUGGAGACCACUCUUCUGUUCGUGUCUACAUAAUGAGAGUGCCUGAAAAGUGUCUGAGUGUGUGUGACGUUUUAAAGCCAAGGGAUGUUGUUGUUUUUUAUUAGCAUAUAUAAAUACGUGUACAGGGAUGGAGGGUAAAUGAAGUAUGAUUUGAAGCACUCGUUCAUCUGCAGUUGGAGAAGUCGUCAUGGCUUGUCUGCGGUCGGGCUUACAGAGGAUUCAUCGUUCAUUCUCACAUUAUCAGCUGAAUCAGUGAGCAGGCGGAGAGUACACAGGAAACUACUGUAAAGAUGAUAAUGUUGAUUUUUUUUUAUGUUAGUGUAAAAUAACUUUUUGACUCUCACUAUAUUUAAUUAAAGUUCUUUCUUCUCUGUGAAAA